AUGGAGACUGAAGAGUGGGAGCAACUCAUGAGCCAGGAGGGUGAGUACUUAGGGGAAACAUACCAGGCCAUCUAUUCUGACUUACUCAAGUUGCAGCCAAUGGACAUGGAGGAAGAACCAACUGAAAUAUACUUCUCAGUAUCUGGCCAACACUACUCCAAAAACACUAGUGCAGUUACAUGUAAUCAGACGGAAAGUGAUUUAAUGGACGGAACCACUGCAGACCAGUUGCUUGCUAAGGAGAUUGGUGCCUACCUUAAACAACAAGAUGUCGAUCCAGAUACCGUUCAUACCGUCACUGCAACACACUCACUCACCACUAACACCUCAAUGUCCGAUGCUGAAUGGUAUCUGCAGAACUUUGAACUAGCUCCAUAUCAGAUGGAAAGUGAUUUAAAGCACGGAACCGCUACAGACCAGUUGCAUGCUAAGGAGAGUGGUGCCUACCUUAAACAGGAAGCUGUCGAUCCAGAUAUGGUCCAUGCCAUCACUGCAACAGAAAGUCAUUUAACGCACAGAACCACUACAGACCAGUUGCUUGCUAAGGGGAGUGGUGCCUACCUUAAACAGGAAGCUGUCAAUCCAGAUACAGUCCAUACUGUCACUGCAACACACUCAGUCACCACGAACACUUUUUUGUCCAGUAAUGAAUGGUUGUUGCAGAACUUUGAAUUUUCUCCAAAUUUGAGACUUCCUUGUUCUACAAUGUACAAACUUUACCUGCAUCAUUGUAACAAAGACAAAUUAAAACCUCUUAGUCGAUCAUUGCUAGGGAAGGUGAUCAGAAGUGUUUUUUCUCAUGUGAAAAAGAGAAGACUUGGUAAAAGGGGUAAUAAGAAGUCCCACUAUUGUGGAAUCUGCCUAAUUCCUGGAUCAGCAGUGAGUAAACUGGCAGAAGAAGAGGACUUAGUUGAUUGCCAGAAAAAACCAGUGAGACGCCAUAAAUUCUGGUCCCGCUCAGGUGUCAGUGGGACUGGCAUUCUGAAAACAGGAAACAAACAUGAGGAAAAUGCAAACAGUUCAGUCGGCUUGUGUCACUUCCCUCCAUUACAACAGGAUCCUCACCCACACCUGUAUCCAGGUGACCUACCAGAAGCAGUACCUGACUUUCCAGAUAUAGAAUUCAUUCUAGUCCUACCUGAGAACUGCACAUGGGAGAUCUGGACACCUUUCAUCGUAUCUACAUAG